CAAAGACGGAUAGCUCCAGAGCUCCCCGCUGCCACCCGUCUGUCUCUCAAUGUUCUCCGCACUCAUUCCAGCUCUCACCUUCAAACAUUAAUUCUCUAGCUGCAGCAGCGAGCGACACAAUGUUCAUGUCACAGCACCGCCGCGACUGCACGCGAAAGCAGAAUGAGCGCGCAUCCAAGAUCGCAGCACUUCCUCAAGCCUAUCUCUCUCCUCUCUCGCCAGAAGACCGAACCAUAUUGGGGAAACCCAUUCAAGAGCUGGUGCAAGAGGUCCAUAAACAAAUUACAAAACCCGUGGACAUCCUCCGAACAUACGGCAAGGUUGCUCUGAAAGCCCAAGAGAAGACCAAUUGCGUGACAGAAAUCCUAUUUCCCGAGGCCGAAGAAUGGGCAGAAAAGGAAGUCAACUUGAAGGGGCCACUUGCGGGUAUACCAGUGUCACUGAAAGACUCCAUCGUGGUCAAGGGCUUUGAUACCAGUGUUGGAUACUCCUGCAAAACAGGAAAGCCGUAUGCUGCAGAUGGUAUCAUGGUCAAGAUUCUCAAGGACGCUGGUGCUGUCCCUUUCGUGAAGACAAACUUGCCAACCACACUUCUUUCUUUCGAGUCUACCAAUGAUGUUUGGGGCCGCUGCACAAAUCCCCACAACAACAAGUACUCGCCUGGUGGUUCGACAGGAGGAGAGGGCGCAAUCCUCGCCUUUGGCGGUAGUCGCAUAGGAAUCGGCUCGGAUGUCGCUGGCUCUGUACGCGCACCUGCUCACUUUUCUGGCUGCUAUUCAAUCCGUUGCUCCACUGGUAGGUGGCCAAAGAUGGGCAAUGAUACCAGCAUGCCAGGCCAAGAGGGAAUUCCUAGCGUCUUUAGCCCGAUGGCGAGAACGCUCAACGACCUGACCUACUUCACCCGAAGUUUUAUUGGAAUGAAACCUUGGAAGUACGACCACACGGUUCAUCCGCUAGAGUGGCGAGAGGAGGUAGAGACAGAGUACAAGGAGAAGAAGAAGUUCAGAGUGGGUGUUCUGAGAGACGAUGGUGUUGUCACUCCAGCUCCAGCGUGUGCCCGAGCCCUGGAUCAAGUUGCAGCGGCCCUUUCUUCCGAGGGACACGAAGUGUUCGACGUUACUCCCCCGUCUCCGUACGAGGCCCUUGUCAUUGCUUCUCAGCUUCUCAACGCCGACGGCACCAGGACUUUCAGUUCGUUCUUCCGGUCUGGUGAGUGGAAUGAUCCUGGCGCAGCACAGAUGACUUUCUACAUGCAUCUUCCUCGACCCGUCAAGUAUCUCUACUAUCUAUGGGUCAAAUACGUCAAGAAGGAUAGCAUAUGGGCUGGUCUUCUUCAAGGGUGGUCAGAGAAGAGUGCUUUCGAGAACUGGCAGCUUGUGGCUAAGCGUGAGGCAUACAAGGCGAAAUGGCAUGCGUGGUGGCAAGAAGAGGCGAAAAUGGACUUCCUGAUCACAGUGCCAAAUGCGACACCUGCAGUACCUCAUAAUGGCAUGAAGGAUGCUGUUAGCAGCUGCGGAUACACGUUCCUAUUCAAUCUGCUGGACUACACAUGCGGUAUCAUGCCCGUGACUCACGUGGACAAGACACUGGACCAACUUCCCGCAUCCUUCAACUUGAAGAAGCUAAAUGGCGUAGCCAGGGGCGCUUACAUGCACUAUGAUGCGACAAAGAUGGAUGGGCUUCCUGUAGCCGUGCAGGUUGUUGGCCAGCGGCUGGAGGAGGAGAAGGUGCUGUCAGUGAUGGACAGGAUCGAGUCAGCUUUGGAAAAACGUGGCGAAGCAUACCAGUUACUGGAGGUUGACUAGAAGGGGCAAAGCGAGCUGCAUAGGAUCAGGUGACAGUGGGCUAGGCAGGCAUGGAGUCACCUUAGGAAGGGGUCGGCUACGAAGUGGCCACAGGUCGAGU